UAUAUAUAAACCCAACAACAAAAAUAGGGUUUUGAAGUCUCUCACAUACUAAAACCAAAGGGUUUAGCUCUCUUGCAGCCGUCCGUCUGCUCUUUGUAGCUAACCAGCAAAGCUUCAAACAUGGCCGUUGGGAAGAACAAGAGGAUUUCCAAGGGAAAGAAGGGAGGAAAGAAGAAGGCAGUUGAUCCAUUUGCUAAGAAGGAUUGGUAUGAUAUCAAGGCUCCUUCAGUUUUUACUACCAGAAAUGUUGGGAAGACUCUUGUUACCCGUACUCAGGGUACCAAGAUUGCUUCAGAAGGACUCAAGCACCGUGUGUUUGAGAUUUCACUGGCUGAUCUUCAAGGUGGUGAUGAGGAUCAUGCGUACAGAAAGAUUCGAUUGAGAGCUGAAGAUGUUCAAGGAAAAAAUGUUUUGACCAACUUCUGGGGAAUGGAUUUUACAACUGACAAACUGAGGUCUUUAGUGCGUAAAUGGCAAACUCUGAUUGAAGCUCAUGUGGAUGUGAAGACAACUGACAAUUACACUUUGAGAAUUUUCUGCAUUGGAUUCACUAAGAGACGCCCAAACCAGGUUAAAAGGACUUGUUAUGCACAAUCCAGCCAGAUUAGACAGAUACGGCGAAAGAUGAGGGAGAUAAUGACUGCCCAAGCAUCAUCAUGCAAUUUGAAGGAAUUAGUUCAAAAGUUCAUUCCCGAGAUGAUUGGAAAAGAAAUUGAAAAGGCAACGUCUAGCAUCUAUCCUUUGCAGAAUGUGUUCAUUCGUAAAGUCAAAAUUUUGAAGGCUCCCAAGUUUGAUCUUGGAAAGUUGAUGGAGGUUCAUGGUGAUUACACAGAAGAUGUUGGUUUGAAAGUGGAGAGGCCGGCUGAUGAGACAACGGCUGAGGUUACCCCAGAGGUUGUUGGAGCUUAAAUGAAGAGUCCUUGAAUAUCUUGUUUUUUCUGCUUCUGAGAGUUUUGUUGAUCAUUUUCUUUUUGUUGGAAACUCGAUUAGAGAAUAUCUGCAUGUUUUGAUUACAAGGAUAAACGAAAUAUUCAGUAGACAACAUGUUACUCCUUGGACAUGUCUGUUUUGGUAUCGAUCAUCUAUACAAUUAAUGUUAUCCCAUUGAUCUGAAAUACCCCUAGGUCACUGUGCAUUGUACAGCUUGCUGGUUUUGCUAAUGCUACCAUAUGAACACCCACCCAUUUGGAAUGAGUAUUU